AUGCACCAGAGCCCCAACGACCAUGAUCGCUUCAUCAUCGACAGCCGCAAAACCGACCUCGGGCCUAACAGCCCGGCCAACACGAGCGAGUCUCAUCACCCGCACCGCGCCGACGUCGACCACCGCGCCGGCGAGCACCCGACCGUGCUUCAGCAGCCCCCUGGACCUCCCUCGGCCAAGGCGCACGCCCAGCUCCCGUCCAUCGCCGCGCUCGCCCUGAACGGCGACUCCGACCCGGUCGAGCGCUCGCUCCCGGACCACUCGUCGCCCACCGCGGCCACCGAUGCCGACGCCCUCGACGGCGCCUCGUGCAGCGGCGUCGAGCCGCCGCACAAGGAGAGCGCCGCACAGCGCAAGCAGCGCGACGCGCACGCCUACUCGUACCCUCCCCCUCCUGCCGCCGACGACGACGCCGGCACGCUCCCCUACCCUCCGACGACGCCUCACCUCACGCGCGCCCCGAUCGAGAUCGCGACGCGCGACCCUGCACUCGGCCGCGGCGUGUACGCGACGAGCUACAUCCCUGCGGGCAAGGUGAUCGAGAUCAGCCCCGUCCUCGUCCUCCCCGAGGCCGAGUACAAGGGCAGGCGCCCGGGCGAGCACGACGACGACGAUGACGGGACGCUCAAGGGCGUCGAGGCGAGCCAGCUGCGCGGGUACGUGUUUACGUGGGGCAGGGACGGCAGCAUGGCGGUCGCGCUCGGCAUCGGUUCGCUCUUCAACCACUCGGCGUCGCCCAACGUCACGUACUCGCUCGACUACUCGCAGUACACCAUCUCGUACCGCACGGCCAAGUCGGUCCGCCAGGGCGAGGAGCUCACCAUCUUUUACGGCCACAACGUGCGCUUCUCGGGCACCGACGACAACGGCGCCGCCGACGACAACGGCCUUGCCGAGGCCGACGCGAUCGACGAUGGCUGGGGCGGACUCGGCGAGCUCGACGCGCCGCCGCCCGAUCCCGAGACGGAGCGGCUCGCCCAGUUCAAGGACCUGUCGCCCGAGGAGCUGCGCGUGCGCGACAACGACGUCGUCCCGCCGACCGACCCCGACUUUCACUGGAAGAAGGUGACCGAGCUGCUCGACCCAGAGGACGCCGAGCUCACCCUCAUGUCGUGCUACGCCAUCGACAUCCCGGCUCGGCUGUCGUCGCCCGUGUUCCAGUUCGUCCGCAAGCACUCGAGCCGCAAGUUCAACGAGCUCGGGCACCUCAAGCGUGUACGCCCGCUCCAGCCUCGCGCCGAGCCCGACGAGGAGACGGGCGAGCACCCGCACCGCGCCGACCCGGACCAGCUCCAGUCGGUCCUCCUGUUCCCAGUCGGGAGCGCGCCGCCCGACCUCGAGGACCUCCUUGCGCGGUCGCCGAUCGGCAAGGCGCUCGAGCCCGGCCCGCCGCCGAGCAUCUACACGGUCGGCGUGCCCGCUGCGGCGGCGAGGACCGACAAGCAGGCGAGCGAGUGGGGCCAGGUGUGGCCCGUCCAGGUGGUGCACGUGCGCGAGGGCGCAAAGGCCAUCAUGCGCAAGAAGGGGUGGGAGCGCGCAAAGCUCGAGUGGGUCGAGCGGCAGGCGAGGAAGGUGUGGGAGCGGGCCGAGGACGCCGGUCGGCGCGGCGAGCACGCCAUCGCCUGCCGCGUCACCGACUCGUGGGACGCGAGCUUCCACUCGUCGCUCAACCAGCCGAUCAAGCUCGUCACGGCGCACGACACGCGCCUCUCGACCGGCAACGUCCUGUCGCACGCCGCCGCCAACGCCAUCGACGCCGUCGCGUACCUCGACAUGUCGGGCUCGCGCCCACCCUUGUCCUACUUUGGGCCCGAGGCCGCCGACCCGCCGUACCUUCUCACGGGCCUGAGCGUCUUCCUGUCGCACGAGCCGUGCCUCUUGUGCGCCAUGAGCCUCCUUCACUCGCGCAUCAAGGCCCUGUACUACAUCAAGCGCGCGCCAGGCGCAGGCGGCGCCGGCAGCCUGUACAGCGUCCACGAGGACGGCGGGCUCAACCACCGGUUCGAGGUGUGGGAGUGGACGGGCCCGAGCGACGGCGGCAUGGGCAAGGGCCGGGGCGAGGAGCUCAGACUCGACCCGUGAGACCAGACGAGGACGCACGACGAGGUUGUAGACGCAGCAUCCCUUCCAUUCCGUAUUAUUUUCAGUCCCUGUUCGACGCAUCUCUCUCUCUC